CUAUCUUCUCUCAUCACCAACAUGCCUCACAAAGGAAACGACUCCAACUCUACUCUGUCCAGCAGUGGCAGUAGCGGUGACCGGGUCGUCGUCACAGACAUGCGAGGCCCCAAUGCUGUCCCACGCCGUACACAACCCCCGGUCAUUGUUCACAACCGGGGAGGUCAGAUCUACGAUGAAACACGCCCUUCUGAUUGGGACAAGCAGCGCUGGAAGUAAAUGGCCGAAGCGCUGCUGGGCCGCUGCUUG